GAUUCUCGUUAGCAUAUCAUCGGUCGACUGUCGAGUGCGAAAGUCAGUAGUCAAGUUUUGGUUCGCUUUACCUCAUAAUUUGUGAUAGAGCAUGUCGAAGUUAAAAAGUAUUCCGGAUUUCGAAAGUCAUGCGUUAACGAUUUUGCCAAAAAAUGCCAGAGAUUACUAUAACGUUGGACAGGACGAAGAGGACACUAUCAGAUGGAGCAGAGAAAUCUAUAAGAAGUUUCGAAUUCUUCCACGAAUGCUGAGAAACGUCUCCAACAGGGACAUCAGCACCACAGUACUAGGAGAAAAGGUUUCGAUGCCGGUGGGUGUAUCUCCGACAGGUUUUCAAAAUUUUGCGCAUCCCGAUGGCGAGUGCGGCAACGCUCGAGCCGCUGAAGCUGCAGGAACAGUUUUCGUUCUUUCCUGCUACUCCACCACCGGCAUCGACGAAGUUGCGAAAGCAGCUCCAAACGGUAACAAAUGGCUGAUGACAAGUAUAUUCAAAGACAGGGAAGCCACCCUGCACAUGGUGAGGAAGGCCGAGAAGUGUGGCUUCAAAGCGAUACUCGUCAUCGUCGACAAUCCAAUUUACGGUAAAUGUAAAAACUCUGCUUUGGUCGACUGCUUAAAUAAGUAUAAAGCAAAAGCCGCUAUUUUCGAAGAAUACUUGUCGACGAAGAAAGAUGUCUUAGUCAAGGGAUACUCCAACAACAUACUCGAUUAUUUGUUGGACUUGCUCGACGAUUCCUUGACUUGGGACGAUGUGGCUUGGCUGAAGAGCGUCACAAAACUGCCGAUUGUUUUGAAAGGGAUUUUAACGCCGGAGGAUGCGGUUUUGGGAGUUGAGAGCGGAGCGAGUGCGAUUUUCGUUUCGAAUCAUGGCGGUCGUCAGCUCGAUAAUACGCCAGCUACGCUCGAGGUACUGGCAGGCAUCGCCAAAGCUGUUGGCGACAAGGCAGAAGUUUACGUAGACGGUGGAGUGACUCGAGGGACCGACGUGUUCAAAGCUCUAGCGUUAGGCGCCAGAAUGGUGUUUGUGGGAAGAAGCAUGCUCUGGGGCUUGGCGUGUGACGGCGAACGAGGGGCACGUUCUGUUCUGGAAAUAUUACGAGAAGAAGUUGAACAAACGUUUGCCUUGACAGGCUGUUCGAGCGUUAAACAAGUUACCAGGGAUAUGAUCGUUCACGAAAAAGAUCUGACGUUUUAAAUGCGGUUGAGGAAAAAGAAGAACGUCCCGCUGAAACAAACUUAUUUUAUUCUUAUUUAUUGUAAGUACAAGUGAGCUUUUUCGCACUUGUAUCAAAAUAUGCUGUUAUUAAACUAGUCCUUAUGCAAGUUCUAUUUUUAAAACCGCACCUGCGCAAAAUAAAAGAGUGUUAAACGAGUGCAUAAAGCGCAGCAUUGUGUCCGUAAAGCACGUCUUUAUCCAUAACUUUUCAAUGAUCCAUGUAAAGUCACUCAUUCGCAAAACUGUGUACGUUUGUUACAUGUGUGUCAAGUUCGACUUAAGUGAACUAAGUAAAAGGUUUCGCGUGCAAGGAUAAGUAAAGAAACUUGAAUCUAUGAAUGAGAGGCCGAUUAAUAAAAACACUCCAAGGUUUAUAUAUUUUUAUAUAUAUAUUAUGUAUAUAUAUUUAUCUUCAUUUCAUAUACAGUAAUAUGUAUAGAACGCACAGCAUUGUCCGUCGACUCAAAUACAAGCGGCCCAUAUAAUAUAGGAUCUCUUCUUUUUCUUGUUGUAUCUAUUUCAUUUACUAAACCUUUUCUCAUCCCCCCUCUCUCUCUCUCUCUCUCUCUCUCUCUCUCUCUCUCUCUCGCGCGCGCGCGCCUCGCUCCAAGGAAUAAACUUCAUUUAUUUAUUUAUUUUUUCUCAUUUUUUUUGUAAUAUUAUUUAUCUCCGCCUCGUCCAUAGCUGCACUUGGUCAAUAUAUUUAACAAUCUCGUCACUCUACGCGUGUGGUGUGUUUUUUGUGUAUAUGUGUGGUAGUAACACUUGAAUAUAUUUUUAUAUGAAUAUACUCGGCAUAUUGACUGUUCUUUUUCGUCUGUUAUGUUUUUUUAUUCUUUUAAACUAGAAACGCUGCUACGUCUUCUGGCGCAUGAAAUUGGCAUAGAACAUACGCAGUAUAUAUCAUCGCAUCUUUUUUAAAGGAGUUUCUGAUGCUCCGUGGCGUUAUAAUAUAUGAUUACUGUGAUUUUUUUCCUCCUACCGCUUUCUUAUGAUCUCUCAUUCUGGUUGGGAUACACGCGCUUCGACAUCUUUUUUUUUUUUUCAUUGCAACUGCAGUUUACGUUACGUAUAUCUAGAUGUACAAGUAUUGAUACGCGCAUUUAGACAGUAGCUACAUAUAGGUAUCCUUCAUUCAUGUAUAUUGUGAUGUGUGCUCACACGCGCCAGUGUGCGAUACACAUAUACGAUACAUUUCUCUUCACUUUUUUAUGUAUAUCAAUUUAUAUUUAUUUAUGUAUUUAAUAUAGUAUAUAUAUAUAUAUCUUUGUUUAUAUACAUGCAUGUACACCCACACAUACAGUUGCUUGUUAAUUUUUUUGUACACAAAAUUUUCACUGCCCGCCGUGAAUGCGGCUCGGUGCGUAACCAUCAUCAUCAUCAUUUUUGGCGCUGCGGUUCGCUUCACGCACUCGCUGUCAUUUUUGCUUCUUUCGUAAUUCUACACACCUCGAACUAUUAUUCGCGCAAUAAAAUAUCAUCUCUCGCUUUACAUAUAUCUUUUGCUCUACAUUAUGCACAGGCAUGUGGUUCAUAUCCCUUGUAUCCAUCAUGUGUGUGUGUGUGUGUGUGUCUAUGUGAGACGUGAGCUUUUUGAGUGUGUACCUUGUGUAUUCAGUUUUAUAAUAUUUAUAUAUUUAUACUUGUACAGGCUUAAAUCGAAUUUCCGAAAAACAAAAAUAAAGUACAUCUCUCCCGUCUCAUUACGCGCGGCUUCUCAUUUACAUUUUUUGUUCAUCGUCUCUGUACACUGUGCAAGUGAUUUUUUUUCAGCUAAUAUAUAUCUCUCUGGUAAUCUCUCUUUACAUUAUCUGUACACUUUAUUGAAAAUCACCUCAGCUUUCGGAAAGUCGAUUUAUUUACAUAGCUUCAUUCUUGUAGAAAUUCUCAUUUUGAUAUAACGUACUUCAAUCGGGCACAUGUCGAUGAACUAUAGUAUAUUCAUUACGUUCGUGUGUGUUUGUGUGCAUGUGUUUCUGCAUGUUUUACAUUUAUGAACUCGAUGUCGGUGUGAACUGUGACAGGGUGUGAAUGUAUACAAUGUAGGAGUACAUCCUUUAUUGAAUUAUUUCAUCGUAAUUUAAUGAGUAAACCUUUGUUUUGCUUUGCUUAUUGUCGAGAGAGACGCUCUCCGAGAAAAAUUUUGAGAUUUGACUUGAGAAUUACAGUAACAUAGUUUUCGGCGCAGCGAUAGAGUCGAACCUAUAUAUGUAUAGUGUUGGCGAUGGCGAUGUGUAUCGUUAUUACAUUUAGCUCGUGGUGUCUCGAAUUUAAAUUUAAAGCAUCAUCCAGAUCCUGUCGCACGCGCAGCGAGAAAUCCCAAUACUUCGUCGGGUCAACUUCAAUUGUACUGCGUUGUACUAAUAAAUGUUUAUCUUCGCACGAGGUUGGACGUUUCAAAUGCCUUUCUGCCUGUUUCAUAAAAUAUAGAAAAUACGUAAUUAUUGCUCGACUUAUGUAUAAGAUUAAAAAUGAGCUGCAUGUAAUCUUGUGUUAAUUUGGAACUCACACAAUAUUAGAGAUUGAUACACAUAUAUAUUAGAGGAUCGAAGAGUGAUCGGUUAGCGUGUUAGUAAUCAAUAUUUGUAAUAUAUAAUUACCGUGUGAAAUGAUAAAAUUUUGAUUUGAUCGCGGCGAGAAAGGUAUUCAAGACACGGCUUUCCAACGUCGUGCACAGCAGCAGGUAUCUAGUUACACACGAGCUAUUUCAUAUUUCUCUCUCGGGAAAAUAACGUUUUCUAUACAUCUCGAAUAAUAAUAUAUAACGCGCAUAUGCAUAUAUGUAUAUAAUAUGUAUAGUAUAUAUCGUGGCAGCCGCCGUACGAAGUAUUAUGCGACGUGCGAGCAAAGUUUCCCGCUGCUAACUUUUCCGCCGCAACGCUUUCGAUCGAUUACAAUUCUCAUGUCAUUAUUCGCAUCGACUAUCCGCACUUGAAAACAACAAUACGCAGUUCUAUAUCGAUAGUCUAUAACAUUUACACAGAUAGAUUUUAUCUCUCUUUUGUGGUAAACGAUUUUUCUUUUUGUUCAGCUUUCUCUACUAAGACAAGGUGUGUUUUGUUAUUUUUUUAUUCGAGUCCAGAGGUUGAGAGACAGACACGCGCCACUACUAUAUACUCGCAGCGUUUUACAUACUUUUUACUUUUCGUUAAAUAUUUGUUUAAAACUUUAGUCAAAGUAGAGCUGGUUUGCUUUAAUUUAUUUGUUCGUUUGUUUGUCUCUCUUUUUUUAUAGAAAUGUAAAAUUCUUUUUAUUGGUCCAGAGAAGCUUUUCUCCUGGCAUGUCAGCUAUUCAGGUUAUUGGUGAAAGCAGCCCUCGCACACACGGCCUCGGUAUUACAACAAUAGAAUAUAAUCAAGAAGUUCGACAAAGACGCGAACAAACUACGCAUACGUGUAAACAGAUUAUUAUAAUUAUUACUUUUAUUGUUAACAGGGAGAUCGUUUGUUUUAUCGUUAUUGCCCAAUGAUAUGUACGAAUCAGAAGUCAUGAAUGCGAAACUUUUUUUAAUAUAUUUUUGAUUUCAACGACGCGUCUUGUGUGCUCGAGCCACUCUCUUCCAUCGACUCUCGAACUUUUGCGAUCUCGCUCUUAUAUUUCCGCCCUGGGAAACUGCUUGUGUAAAUAUCAGUGCUGUAGGGAGAAACGAAAGUUUGAAGAUACACAUUUUAAUAGUCAGUCCAGAAUUUUUUUUUUUUUUUAAACAAGCGAACAAUCGAACUAGUUUAUUUACAGAGUCCUGCACAUUUUUUUGUUAUUUCUCUGCUAUGUGACACCGAAAAGCAAAUUAUUAUGCGUACAACUGGUUUUUCGCGAGAGCACUUCGUCUCAGCAGGACGACCGCAAGCUCUUACUGACGAUAAUAGCGCCGGAGCGAAUGUAUAGUCAGCGUUCGAUAUCCGGAAACGUAGAAAAGGUACAGAAUUUGCCUACAAUCACGUGAGAUUUUGAGAACAGAAAAUACAUCAAGGUGACAUUGGGAAUAAUCUCGAGCAGCUGUCGGUAUGCACAAGACAUUCUUUUUGUGUUUUAUUAUACGCGUAUACAACUGCACUUAUAGUGACGCUCAAAAGCACUCUUGAACUCCUGCCAACUUGAAAAUCGUGAAUAGAAUUGGAAUCGGACCUACGUUCUUUCGACACUUUAGUUUUUUAUUACUUUGAACUAUACUUUUCAAGGAACUACUGAUAUUUUAGCAGGAUCUCGCCUAUAUUAUACUCUCAGUGGAUCAACAAACGCGCUUAUUAGGCGAGGUCUGCAAGCAUUUUUGCAUCUUUGUUAUUAUUCAUUAUUAUCGUUACAAUUAAGUGAUGAUUGUUGAGUUACAUAAUCUUUUUUCUUUAGAUAACAUACCCUCCUCAGGGAUCUUUGUUUGUGUUUUGCUUUUUAGUUUAAUAUAUUAUUACAUUAUACAUAAUAAUCUUUGGUUUUUCUAUAUAAUAAUCCAGAUAGAACGACGACGACACGACACGACUAUAGACCUAGAAACACCGAAACAUCGAGUGUGUCUUUUUUUUAUGCGUGUUCAAUCCCUGCAGUCAGUCUGAAUCUAAUUGACAAUGUACGAGAGGUUCUCUUCGCUGCGAUUUAACGAUUGCGGGCUUGAACUACUCCGUCAAAUUUUUUCCAUCAUUUUUAGAAAUUACUCUCAUUUAUUUGUUUUUACUAAAAAUUUAGCCCCCCGUCUUUUUCACAUCGUAACGUUAGUUUCAAACUAUAGAAAAUCACAAUUACCCUUUAAAGCUCGUGAAUUUACGUAACCAAGUAGCAUUGACAUCGAAUCGAAAAUUAAAGCAACGACUUUAUCGUAUGCGUCGGUGUGAUGAACAUUAAUUUAUCCGCACUUUUUUUAUUACAACAAAUACGUACCUAACUACGUGCAUUCCGACGAUAACAUUGACAACGCGAUCGUUAUAACGUUCAACUGUUCAAUCCUCUUUAUCACUCAAGUCGGUUUCGUGUUCUUUGUCGAGGAUAUAAAAUACGAAACUCCGAUCGGAUUUUUAAAGGUGUUUCUAAUAGGUACCAAUCUUAUUUGUUAAAAAAAUGCAGCCACUCCUGUGUAUUAUACCCUUUCAAUUUUUAGCGCCUCUUUAACAUCGAACAUUAACAUUACAUUGAUGAAACAUUAAUCGUUGUCCAUUGACAUUACUUAGUUACAGGAUCGUUAGUGGAUGUGCAAUCCGAACCCUAAUCGCGACUUGUGUUUGUUGUUUUUCUUUUAUGUAUACUCUUUUCAAACUUCUGAAGUGAUUUUUGCAUUUAUACUCUUCAUGGAAAGCAAAUCUUUGAUAUUUAACUAAUAGCGCGUACAAUACAAAUUUUAGCGGAAAAUUUCUGCAGCAUAAUAUUUAAUCAUUACUCUAUGUUCAUCGAUCAAGCCUCGUUUAUAUCUCGUUUUAUAGAAAACGUAAAGACAAAUUCACGUCGAUCUAUGCUUUAAGGGUCGUACUUGAAAUCUGACUCGAAAUUUAUUGACGAAGGAUUCAAAUGCAACCUAACAUUGUAUUUGAUAGUAAUACAUGUUUUUGAAAUAAAAAUCGAAGAAACAUAAAAUAAUAUACCUUUUUUAUUUGGAAAAUAUAUUGAAUAAUACAGACUUUACGGAAAGUAUGACUAACGUUAAGUUUAUUUGAUUCAAGUCGCAGGGUUUAUUUUCAGGGUGCAACUCAUGAACAGCUAAUUGCAUUCGAAUCCUUGAUAUUCUGUCUCAAAU